ACUCUUGAUGACUUAAAAACACACCUUUUCAGUUACCUGAGUGAAAAUGGCUUCCCAGUAAAAAAGAAAGGAACAAAGUGGAAAUUUCUCAGCAUCUCACUUGUCCUGGCCAUGGUUCUCCAGGGAGCAAAGAAUGACACUGCAAUCCAAAUAACACAACUUAUUUCUUUGGGGAACUUCAGAAAUACUGACAUGAAUUUCUCAUCACUUCUCACUGAAAUGAACAAUCCACACACUCUAUACCUACUUGAAAGUGCCAACAGGAUCUUUGGAGAAAAUGCUCUAAAUUUCCUCCCAUCUUUUAAAAAAUCCUGUGAAAAGUUCUACAAUUCAGUCCUAGAGGAUGUUUGCUUUUCUGAAGAAGCUGAGACCAUCAGGAAACACAUAAAUGCAUGGGUAGCAGAGAAAACUGAAGGUACAAUUUUUGAGACUCUACCUGAGAAUUCAGUUAAUCCACUUAGCCUAUUAAUCUUUGUGAACACCAUCAACUUUAAAUUAAUAUGGAAGAAUGAGGUUGAACCUAUGAAGAAAAUUCUUCCAAGUCAUAAAGAAAAGAACAAAAUGGCAAAGUUUAUGGUGAAAGAAGGCAUAUUUCUGGGAUUCUAUAUAGAAGAGCUAGGUGCUAAUGUUUGUAGAAGUACGUAUAAUGAAAAAGAAUGGAAUAUUAUUUUUGUGUUUCCUGUUGAUGAUGGCAAAAAGAUGGAAAAAGGGCUAACCUACGAAAUACUUAUAGCCUGGAUGGAUCCAGAAUCAGUGGCCUUGAUGGAAAUUCUUCACAACCAAUUAUUUCUCCCCAAAAUCAAGGUAGAAAAGUCUUACAACAUGGCUCAUAUUCUCUGCAAUUUGGGAAUAUCUAAUGCUUUUCAUGAGGAUAAAGCUGACUUUUCUGGAUUGUCCACACUCAAAGAAAUGUACCUUUCAAGUGUUUUUCACUCAUCUUCCAUGGAAUUCAAUGAAGAAGGUAUUAAAGCAUCAGCUGCCACUGCGGCAGCGGAGAUACCAGCAACUACAAAGAGAGAAAGAGAACUUAAGUCUCAGAAUUUCUUUCUUUUCUUUAUCUGGAGCCAAAAAAUUAAUAGCAUCCUGUUCUGUGGCAGAGUUUCUGUUCCCUAAAGAGAGGCAAUCAUUAUCCCCAGAGCACUACUAUUUCUGCUACUUCCCUGCCUUUCUCUUCUUAAGCUGCAUAAGGAUGCUAUGUGUACAUGUAGUUCAUUGUGAAUUCAUCAAUGUAGUAUAAUAAAGAAAAAGUAGUAAAACAUUUUUUUAUAAAA